GCAGCCCCCCGCAGCCCCGCGCCCCGGGCGCCUGCGACCACAGCGGCCGCCCGGGGAGGAAGAGGAGGAGGAGGAGGAGGAGGACGAGGGGGGAGGUGACAAACUCCGGCUCGGCGCGGCGGCAGGCAGCCCGCGGUCAGGCAUGCAGGCGCGGCGUCUAGCCAAGCGCUCCAGCCUGGGCAGCCGCCGGGGGAACGCCGCGCUGCAGCCGCCAGGCCCCGCGCCCGCCCGGGAAGGCGCGCUGCCCGGGCUCCCGCCCCCCGCCCCGGCUCCGGCCCCAGCCUCGGCCCCGGAGAGCUGGAGGCCGCCACUACCGCCGCCGCGCAGCGCCGGGACCGGCCCCCCUCGGGCCGCCGGGGCCGCCGCCGCCGCCGCUGCCGCCUCGUCUCCGGUGCUGCUGCUUCUGGGGGAGGAAGACGAGGACGAAGAGGGCGGGAGCAGGCGGCGGAGGGGGCUCGGGCGGGUGCAGGCGAAGCCCCGAGGGGGCGCGGAGGAGGAGGAUGACGACGAGGAAGACGAGGACGAGGAGGUGGUCGUCGAGGUGGUGGACGGCGACGACGACGACGAGGACGGCGAGGAGCGCUUCGUGGCCCUCGGCCCCGGCCGCCAGCUCCCCAAGGGCCCGGGCCGGGGAGCAUUGAAGGUGGGGAGCAUUAAGCGGGAAAUGGCCUUCACAUUUCAACCAGAGGACUUAAAACGUGACUCUAGUAAAAAACUGUCUCAUCAACACUUGUUCCCCUUGGCCAUGGAGGAGGAUGUGAAAACAGCAGACACCAAAAAAGUCAACCGAGCCCUUGACCAUGAAAAAGAAAACACUCGCUCCAUCUGUCUCCUUGAACAAAAACGAAAAGUUGUUUCUUCCAAUAUUGAUGUUCCUCCAGCAAGGAAAUCCUCAGAGGAACUGGACAUGGACAAGGUGACAGCAGCGAUGGUACUGACUAGCUUGUCCACCAGCCCUUUGGUUCGGAGCCCUCCUGUGCGGCAGAACGAGGGCCUGAGCGGAUCGUGGAAGGAGGGAGGCGGCGUGCCUUCCAGCACUAGCAGCAGCGGCUACUGGAGCUGGAGCGCCCCCAGCGAUCAGUCCAACCCGUCCACGCCGUCGCCGCCGCUGUCCGCCGACAGCUUCAAGCCCUUCCGCAGCCCCGCGCCCCCAGACGAUGGCAUCGACGAGGCGGAGGCCAGCAACCUUCUCUUUGACGAGCCCAUUCCCAGGAAACGAAAGAACUCCAUGAAGGUGAUGUUCAAAUGCCUCUGGAAAAACUGUGGGAAGGUUCUGAGCACUGCAGUGGGUAUCCAGAAGCACAUCCGGACCAUUCAUCUUGGGCGCGUGGGCUCCAGUAGUUAUUCGGAGGGCCAAGGAGACUUUUACUACACUGAGAUCAAGCUCAACACAGACUCGGUGGCAGACGGACUGAGCAGCCUGGCCCCGGUUUCGCCCUCCCAGUCCCUGGCUUCGCCUCCUACUUUCCCCAUCCCAGAUUCCAGCAGAACAGAAACUCCUUGUGCCAAAACUGAGACAAAAUUGAUGACACCCUUGAGCCGCUCCGCUCCCACCACCCUCUACCUCGUGCACACCGACCACGCUUACCAGGCCACGCCCCCUGUGAACAUUCCAGGAUCGGCCAAGUUCACCCCCAAUGGCAGCAGCUUCAGCAUUUCUUGGCAGUCUCCUCCAGUUACCUUCACAGGCAUUCCAGUGUCGCCAACCCACAGUCACCCGGUGGGCACAGGAGAGCAGAGACAGCACACUCACACCGUCUUGUCCUCCCCACCCAGAGGGACGGUCAGCCUAAGGAAGCCCCGGGGAGAGGGCAAGAAGUGCCGGAAGGUGUACGGCAUGGAGAACCGUGACAUGUGGUGCACGGCCUGCCGCUGGAAGAAGGCCUGCCAGCGGUUCAUUGACUAAUGCACAGGCCCCUGAUCGUCGCCCAGACACUCCUGCCCUCGACUUGUGCUGAGGGUGUCGGAAAGCGCUUUUCCUUCUGAACAAAACACAUUUGAAACCCAGGGAAAGCACUUCCGGGAACCUUGGUGAGAUCACAGCAAAAAACAAAAAAGGUCACCACCCUCACUGGUCUUGCUGAGAACCCAGCCGAGAGCAGCUGUAACUACUUUUUUCCUUAAAAAAUCAACUUUUUUUUUUUGCUGUAUGUCUAGCUCUGAAAACUGUGGACUUCUGUAGCAAUCGAACCAACCCAGCCCAUUUUUCCUGGAAAGGAGGCCUAUUUUGAUAACCUUUCUGGAUAACGCCGUUUCUGAGAUUUUUUUUUUUUUUUGACACUUAAAAAAAAAAGCUACAUGUUAUUCAGUAGCAUUUGUACAAAGAGCGAUACCUGUUUUCAUUGUGAAUAGUCUUUUGCCUGUUCUCCAUCGGACUUCUGGGAGCAGUACACAUCAUGAUGUGUUGCCAGGAAACGGCGGCACUCUGGCUAUCUUUUCUAUGUCUUUUUUGUUUGUUUGUUUUGUUUUAAAGAAUGGCCCCAAACUGAACCACGGUAGAGCUGUUAGCUUGAAGGGCCCAGGAGGGCAUAAGCUUGAAAAAAGAUAGACAAUGGACAUCACCAGCAGACUUCAGCCCCAGCUGAGUUCAGGACAUCCCGCUGUCACUGUUGGGAAACGUCUGGGAGUCUUCCUCGGAAGCCUUCCCUGAGGGGUGGCCCGGCCCACGCUCUCCCGGCCACAAUGCACUCAAGACCUGGCACGCAUUGCCAUCUGGGUAAGCUUCAAAGCUUCCUUCAGGGAUGCGACGCCAGCCAUAGCCCGGAUCUCUUCAUCACUGCUUAUCUGACAGUUGUUGCCAGGUCAGUGGCUCAUCAGGCCUUCCUUCCCUCAAAAACGCCACCGCUGACUGUUUUCAGAAAAGGUAGAGAACUCCAGACCAUCCCGGCAGGUGUGCUUUACACAGCAGAGCACAGCCUCCACGUCCCCAUCUGUUCAGAAAGUUAUGUGAGGUCAACAUCCAUUCUGAGUGCACUUUUAUAGGUUUUAUGCUUUAGCAUGUCUGGGAGAUGGGUUAAUGAACAAUGUAAAGAUUAUAUGGGGAAAAGGAAGGUCCAAACCUUUAUUUUUCUUAUCAAAAUAUUGGAGCUAUUCAUUAAGAAUUUGCUCAGAAGGGAACAUACAGAACACCAAAAGGAAAAUGCGUGUUGGUAUAGGAAUCUCUCCAUUUAAUAGGACCAGGGCUUGCACUGUGUUCCAUUUAUUAGACUUUCUAGCGUGGUAUUUGUUUGUUUGUCUGUCUUGGUGGUAGUGGUGCGGGGACAGGGGAGUAGUUGUCAAGCCCUAUAAAUAAGCUCAUUCUCUGUCUACCCUACUCUUGAUUGCCCUGCUAAAGUUAUUCCUCCUAUACCUAUGCAAAGAAGUAAGAGCACCUUAUAGGAUGCACUGUGUCGGGACGGGGGCCUAGGAUUAGCCAUAGGAAUGUUAAAUGAAAUUGCACAGAGCAAAGUUUAAUAUAUUUAGAGAUUGUACAUAUGCUUUUUUUUGAAAGAGUAGAAAGAAGUCAUCUAGUCAUAAGAACUAUCCUCUUUUUUUUUUAUUAAGCAAAGGAAAAAGAAGGAGGUUCUACAGUGUAACAUCUGCAAUCUGUGCAUUCAUAUAUUUUGGCAAUUUUAUUUUUUAAACUCUCACAUGACAUUUGAAGCAUUAGUCCUUGAAAGAGAUCCUGUUUUCCUCCUUCAUUUAUUUUUUUCUUUAAAAACACUUAUUUUAAGAGCAGAGAAAGAGCUUCAUUUAAUAUCACAUCGUGAUUACCAAUCAAUACAGCACCAGCUAUAAUGUAUGUUUGAGCACUAACAAAGUCAGCCAGGAAAGGGUUUUUUAAGUGCAGAAACGUAUUUGCAUCCUCUGCCCCAGCCUGUCUUUUCUCCUCCCUGGUGUCUUGUCGCUUCACCCACAAGCAUCUCUGCUGGGAGGUGAUGCUCUGGCCUGGUCCAGAAGGCCCUGCACUGUGGCUGGAUUGCCCAGUGGCCACGGUCAGUCCAAGGCUGGUCAGCCAUUUCAGCAGGCUCACCGUGGACUUCAGUGAUGGUUGGGGUGCAGUAGUGGAGCAGAGGGUUUUCUCUUCAGCAAAGUUCCAUGGCCCUUGAUCCUUGGAUUAAGUCACUAAUCAAAAGAGAUUAAAGCGAUGAGGGGCUAAAUCCAUCCCCUACUCCCAGCACUUUGGGACACAAGGAGGGAGAGAUGGUGGCUGUGGAGCAAUCCUAGAGUGAGGCUCUGUGGCUCUGCACCCAGAGGUACAGCCCGUGACUAGUGCUAGGCUCUGGCCUGGCUGAGCCAAGCUCAGUCCUUGCCUGGGUAUUAGCCAAUGCACCGAUACAAGCAAAGGGUAGAGCUGGAUGCAGCUUCCUUGGGAUUUCUUCUCCUUUCUAAAGCCUUCUUCACACACACUCUCUGCAUCUCACACUCACACGGGGCUCCUUUCUGCUGGCCAGCCCGGGGCUCUGUGUGUCCUCUUCUCUAGCUCUGAGGUGGGCACAGACCCUCAGUACUUCCUGCACACAGACACUGAUUGCCUGUACCAAGGCAUGUAAUGACUAGGGAACUACCAAGCUUCACCUGCCUGGCCUUGAAGAAAAGGGAUGAAACUUCUUUUAAGCCACCCAGAAAGCUACAAAUUGCAAUAUACAGUACUGAUUAUAAAUGCUAAAAUUAAAAAAAAAAUGUAGAGCUAUUUUGUUAUAUUUUGGAACUAAAUGAAGUGCCAAAUUAAGUCCAAGAUUUGUUUUAUGCCUCCUCUUUCUUUUUUUUAAAGAUUUUCUGAUGUGGACCAUUUUUAACGUCUUUAUUUAAUUUG